CUCAUCAAAGCCAACCAUUCCCAAAAAGGCAGCGGAGCUCUCUCCAAUUCAGUUCCGCCAAAAUCGAAUGACAUUCUUCCUCGACAUCCAAGCCCAUCCAUCUCGCCCACCCAGCUCCAGAAUAUCCUUCGGUCCGAUCCCAAAUCAAUCUCCGUAUUCUUCAAAAUAAAAUCUAGAUGCUUCGCUCCAUCACUGUUCCCCGUGGCCUGGUCUUCCCCCGUCGCCUGCUCUCAACCACAGUCCCCAGAAUGGCCUCCGCAUCAGGCACACCCAUGGAAGAUCUCAUGAGGGAGAAGAUAACCACCGCAUUCACACCGUCCACGUUAAUAAUUCGCAACGACUCGCAUUUGCAUGCACACCAUGCGCCGAUGCAAGGAUCUACGUCGAAGGAGACACAUUUCCAUGUGACAAUUACAUCGCCGUCGUUCCAAUCUAAGCCGCAACCUGCGAGACAUCGGAUGGUGUACGGCUUGUUGAAAGAGGAGAUGAGCCAAGAGGGUGGGAUCCAUGCGCUGCAGCUGAGGACGAAGACACCGGAGGAGGAGCAGAAGGAGAAGGAGAGACGGUCGCAGGCGUAAGCUGCGUCUGUAUUGUGUACAAUGGGUGGGAUUGGAGAUGAUGGCGCGAUGAAUGGAGCUUUACAUACCGAUAUACCCGGCUAGCAAAGAGAUAUUAAAUUUAUUAGAGGGAUUGACUAUUACAUGGAUUCUAGUGCCGAAGGAAACGGCCAAGGAAAAAAAGUCUAAUAUAUACACAGCGACAUCAUGCGCAUCCUCACCAAACAAGCAGCGACGGGAGCCACCCAGCCGCGUCCAAUCAAAGAUGCAGC